UGGAAUUACAAAAGCCUAAUUUUUGGGUUGAGAAAGGGUUCCUACUUAGUGGUUCAAAAUUUAGAAUCAAACUCAGUGCAAAGGUGACCACGGGUGCCCUAUCAAAUGGAUUUCUCAUUUCCAAUUGAUUACAAUAAAAAAGAGUACAGCGGCCAUUGCACGCUUGCCAUAAAUCAUGACCGUUUCUUUCAGCCUCAUUUCAUGGUUGAUAUUUGGCUCAUGUUUCCUCCCAUCAUCUUCGUUCAUUGAUUUCCAGAGCAUCAUUUGAAUGUAUAGCACCAUGUUCUCAGUAAAUGUUGGGCCAUAAACUUUACCAUAAGCAAAUACAAGGAGCAAGUUCAGCUUUGGAAUUUAAAGUCUAACUUGAUUGAUUGAUUUCCUAGCACCAAUUCGGAAGCAUCUUGUUAUCAUAAAUCUUACGGACCAUCAACUUUUCAACGUUGAUUUUUAUUAAUAAAGGAUAAAUACAGAGGAUGAAUCAACAAUCAAAAUGACGUAACCCCUAACCCAUAAAUGUUCCAACCCAAAUUCAACAAACCAAAAUAUCACCCCCAAAAAAAAUGCAAUUCCACCAUAGAGAGUCAGCUAAGUUGUAAGGAAUUCAAGAGUUGGAGCUUUAAACUUCACUUAAGCCAAUUAUCGAACAUGAAGUUUUUAAGUUAGCGCGAAAAGAGAAUCAAAACUCGAUUAAAGGAAACAAGAUCAGCCCCAUAACAGUAAUCAACUCAACAACACAUUAUAUGAACGGCAGUAGAAUAAAUCAAAGAAAAACCACAACAUGAAAAAUAUCUUUGAUCUGUGCCAUUACAUUAAAGUAGUAUUAGGGCCAUUAUUAUUAUACUAAUGAUGACAGGAACACUGUUGUCAUUUAAAUUCUUCAUUUUCUCUUCAUACAAAUUAUUUCCUUCCAGGGAAGAAAAGUAGGGGAGGGGAAUGAAUGAUGCAUGUUCUUGCCCUUAUGCCAUGACGAGGCACCAAAAUGUUGGUUAUGGGUCAGUGGACUCCAAUAGCAAAGGGGUACCCCACUCUCUCAGUUAUCAUUCAAAACUUUUAAAAGCAACAAACCCACAGCUUUUCAGUUUUCACUUUCCUGCCAUUGGAAACCAAAAGAGAAACCCCAUCCUCCGAUUGUCCUCUCUCCAAUAUCUGCUCUCUUGUCGUUCUCAUUAAAGUUUCACUCCCUUCCAUGCUAUACCUUCUCAAUUCUUUUAAGUGGUGCCAUUGCAUGUGACAGGAUUUCUUGUAUGAGAUCACUAUAAAGAGAUGAAAGGCAUGAAGGGAAGAUUUCUAAAGAAACUCAAAUUUAUUCCUACUAUCAGGACUUUGAAACAAGGCUUAGUCCUUCAGCUUAAUCCCCAGCACACCUUCUCUAAUCAAAAUUGCCAUAACCUAUCAGUUUACGAGGAGCAAGACUGCAAAAGCAACAUUAAUCUCCCAGAACCAGUAGUUGAUUUUAAAGAUCAAAAGGAUGAAGAAACGGAAUUGGAAUCCGAAGUAGGAGACCAAGAUAAAGUUACAACCUGCGUAGAGUUCAAGGACAUAGUGGCCACGGAGCAUAAUUCUGAUCAGCUUCCAAUUUCCUCGGAGAUCAUUGUCAAGGAUGAUAGCAUACCUGAAGUGAAGGCUGACACUGAUGAACACCCAUAUUUAACAGAUUUUGAAGAGAAAUGUCCACCAGGUGGAGAAGAGUCAGUGAUUUUCUAUACAACAAGCUUGAGAGGGGUAAGAAAAACAUUUGAAGAUUGCAGCAGUAUCAGGUUUCUUUUAGACAGUUUCAAGAUAUUGGUCCAUGAGAGAGAUGUUUCAAUGGACACAGAAUUCAGGGAAGAAUUAUGGAGGAUAUUGGGUGGCAGAGUGAUCCCUCCAAAGCUGUUCAUCAAGGGCAGAUACAUAGGAGGAGCUGAUGAAGUUGUUGGACUUCACGAGCAAGGAAAGCUGAAGAAACUCUUGGAAGGGAUACCUUCAGGCCUCCCCAACUGCCCCUGUACUGGUUGUGCCAAUAUGCGGUUCCUGGUUUGCUCAAACUGCAAUGGCAGCCGAAAGGUUUAUGCAGAAAAGGAAGGUGAUGAUUUGUGCAUGAAAUGCCCCGAUUGUAAUGAGAAUGGAUUGGUCAAAUGCCCUAUUUGCUGCUGAAAUCUUUACAUUCAAUAAUUUUGUACCCUUCUUUGAUGUUGUAUAUUUUCCUUGCCUUGUCUAACAUAUUCCUACUUAGAAUCAAAUUGCUGCAGUUUCAAGUCCCAUUCGCAGGUCUCAGAUUAAUCCAUAUGGAUGAAGAAAAUGAAGAACCGCGUAUCAAUUUCCUUCAACUGAUAUAACAAUGGGCUAAAUUAUGCAGUCUUUGUUAUCAAGAUCUGAUUUUCUCUUUCAUUUCUUUCCUUGAUCAGCUUCUGUUACGUCUUUUUCGUGUCACA